GGGUGCUGGGCCAGGGGCUGGGUCUCUGAACAGAGGCCUGGCCUUUCUGCCACUUCAGGGUCUAACCCCCUCCCACCAAUAGAAGUGGGGACACAAGGGGCUUGUUGAGAUACCCUGAAACCUCCUCCCUUCAACCCCACAGCCAGGACCUGAGGCUGAGGACCGGUUGGAUGGGAGGCCAGGCCAGGAGCUGCCUCUCUCACUGGUUCUCCCAUCUUGCAGCCUCUUUGUUGCAUCAGGGGUCUGGGGCACCAUGGCCCAGGCCCUGGGUGAGGACCUGGUGCAGGCUUGUGAGCUGCAGGAUGAUUCCAGUUCUUUGGGGUCUGACUCAGAGCUGAGUGGGCCCGGCCCAUAUCGCCGGGCCGACCGGUAUGGCUUCAUUGGAGGCAGCGCAGCAGAGCCAGGACCUUAUCCGUCAACGUGAGAUGAAGUGGGUGGAGAUGACUUCACACUGGGAGAAAACCAUGUCUCGGCGGUACAAGAAGGUAAAGAUGCAGUGCCGGAAAGGCAUCCCCUCAGCCCUGCGUGCCCGGUGCUGGCCUCUGCUGUGUGGGGCCCAUGUGUGUCAAAAGAACAGCCCUGGUAUCUAUCAGGAACUGGCUGAGACUCCGGGAGAUCCACAGUGGAUGGAGACCAUCGGCAGGGACCUGCACCGCCAGUUCCCUCUGCACGAGAUGUUUGUGUCUCCCCAAGGUCACGGGCAGCAGGGGCUCCUGCAGGUACUCAAGGCCUACACCCUGUAUCGGCCUGAACAGGGCUACUGCCAGGCACAGGGUCCUGUGGCUGCCGUGCUACUCAUGCAUCUGCCCCCAGAGGAGGCCUUCUGGUGCCUGGUGCAGAUCUGUGAGCUUUACCUGCCAGGCUACUACGGGCCCCACAUGGAGGCUGUGCAGCUGGAUGCUGAGGUGUUCAUGGCCCUGCUGCGGCGGCUGCUCCCGCGUGUGCACAAACACCUGCAGCAGGUGGGCGUCGGGCCCCUGCUCUACCUGCCCGAGUGGUUCCUGUGCCUCUUCGCCCGCUCCCUGCCCUUCCCCACAGUGCUGCGCGUCUGGGACGCCUUUCUCAGUGAGGGUGUGAAGGUGCUGUUCCGUGUGGGGCUAACGCUGGUGCGCCUGGCACUGGGCACCACAGAACAGCGCCUGGCCUGCCCAGGGCUCCUGGAGACGCUCGGUGCCCUUCGAGCCAUUCCCCCCAGCCAACUGCAGGAAGACGUCUUCAUGUCCCAGGUGCACAGCGUGGCCCUGUCCAAGCAGGAACUGCAGCGGGAGAUCAAGGCCCAACUGGCCCGGCUGCCGGAGUCAACGUCUGGGCCACCCCCACGGCCCAAGGCCCGCCUGGAUGGGGCCCAAGCCAUCUUUGAGGCCCAGCAGCUGGCAGUUGCACGGGGAGGCACCAGGCCUGAGGUGCCCCGCAUCGUGGUCCAGCCCCCCGAGGAGCCCAGGCCACCACGGCGCAAGCCCCAGACCCGAGGCAAGACUUUCCACGGACUCCUGACUCGGUCCAGGGGCCCCCCUAUUGAGGGCCCCCCCAGGUCCCAUCGAAGCUCCACCUCCUUCCUGGACACCCGAUUCUGAUGGUCCCACUUCUAGGGUACCAUGGAUUCAGUGCCCCCCAACCCCAAUUGUCUGAAUGGUUAAUGCCAGCCUCACAAACGGGCACCGCACUUUAUGCCUAGGAUUUGGUGACUCCGUUCCCUUUCCACUGUUGACCGAAGGUAAACGACCAGGAGGCAUUAGCCAGAAAUAAAUGAUUGCGAUUUAUUCGAAGGUCUCAGGGUUUGCAAACUGGAAACACGACUAGGCACUGCCCAGAGUGUCCCGAAGAAGAAAGAAAAGCUUUUGAGGGUUAUUCUAGUAAAACGCACAUUCUUGAGCAGAAUCAGCCCUGCAUUCUUAGGCUCUGGGUUGAUUGGAGAUGGUGAACUUCCAGAUGUCAGGCGGUCUGCACACAUGAACAUUCUUUCCUAAGUUCUUCAUUUUUUCCGAAGUCCUAUCUAUAGGAAUUUCUAAAUCUCCAGGCAUUGACGCACAACUGAAAAGUUCAAAAGUUUAAGUCUUCAGGCUAGUCAAAGUAAAAUAAAAUCAUUUUCUCAUGCUUUAGCCCGUUUGGUCUGAACCAGUUGUGUCAGCUUAACUAUACAGACUCCAUCUUGAGUCAGCCUAGCUAUAAUGACUUCAUCUUGUUUUCUUCACUCAUCCUCACCAUGAACUAUGUCAGGCACAGGAUGAAGGAAGGUCACAGAGGGGUCUUUCGGGGGCCUAGGCCCACCAUCCACCCACAGAGCUGUCCUGGUGCCUCGGCCCUUGCAAGCAUGGAAGCAGCGCUGAAGGAAAAUGGGGGUAAGGGUAGUUGGCUGGGCUAGGGACCCCAAAGGACUCCUGGGGAGGCCUGAAAUAAAGUCUUUCU